AACCCAGGACGGCAGACUGGAUCGAGGCACAAAUCUGUCCAGCACACUCGGCAUGACAGGACACAGAAACAAGACACCGUUGGCUGAGAAUAUGUUAAACUAAUCUGUUUACCAGCUAACAUAGUUAGUUAAUGGCUAACUAUGAAAUACAAGCUACAUCGUUAGUUUGUUGAAGGUAGGGUCAAUAUAGAAAUAGUUUUGGAUUGUGUUGGCACUAGCAGUUACGGCUAACUUGAGGUUAGCAACCUACCAUUUAGCUAGCUAAUGUUAAAUCUGAAUAAGCAUUCAAGUUAACCUAGCUAGCUAACGCAUAACAUAUUUGAUGUGACCUGGCAGUUGUAGCGUAACGUUGGAUAACAUUUACAGUAAAAAACAGUAGUUGGGAAGUUUAACUCACUUAAAAAAAAAAGAUCAUGGCGUCUGUGCGGUUUUGUUCAUAUCCAGAGGAGCAGUUUUGACUUUCGGCUGUCAACAAGCUCGCUGACGUUAGCUAUCCUGGCUAGCCAGCUAGCUCUCUUGCUAGCAUGGCCAGAAUAGAGAACGGCCGUCAAUCAGUGGACACCAGGAGCAUCCGGACUAUUAGCAGCAGUCACAUGGACGAUGAAAGCUCUUUGGGAUCAGACUCGGAGAUCAACGGAUUCACCAGCGACAGACAGACCGAUAAAUAUGGAUUCAUCGGGGGGGCACAGCAGCAAACGGAGGCAUCAGCGCAUGAUUUGCCUCCACAGGUGCUCAGGCAAAGGGAGGUGAAGUGGCUGGACAUGCUCAGCCACUGGGACAAGUGGAUGAUCAAGAGAUUCAAUAAGGUAAGGCUGCGGUGCCAGAAGGGAAUUCCUCCUGCUCUCCGAGGCCGUGCGUGGCUCUACCUGUCGGGGGGUAAGGUGAAGAAAGAGCAGAACCAAGGAAAGUUUCAGGAGCUGGAUAGCCAGACCGGGGACCCCAAAUGGGUAGAUGUGAUUGAGAAAGACCUCCAUCGACAGUUUCCUUUCCAUGAGAUGUUUGUGUCUCGGGGGGGACACGGGCAGCAGGACCUGUUCCGUGUUCUUAAGGCCUACACUCUUUACAGACCAGAGGAGGGGUACUGCCAGGCCCAGGCCCCCAUCGCUGCUGUGUUGCUUAUGCACAUGCCUGCUGAGGAUGCCUUCUGGGGACUGGUCCAAAUUUGUGAGAAGUACCUUCCUGGCUACUACAGUCCUGGUCUGGAAGCUAUACAGUUAGAUGGAGAGAUCCUGUUUGCUCUGCUGCGACGUGUCUCCCCGCUAGCCUUCCGCCAUCUGGAGAAACACAAGAUCGACCCCAUCCUCUACAUGACUGAGUGGUUUAUGUGUGCUUUCUCCAGGACGCUGCCCUGGGCCUCUGUGCUGCGUGUCUGGGACAUGUUCCUCUGUGACGGAGUGAAGAUAAUCUUCCGUGUGGGUUUGGUGCUGCUGAAGUGCAUGCUGGGGACCCGGGAGAAGCUGAAAGCCUACCAGGGACAGUAUGAAACCAUGGAGCUUCUCAGGGCCAUAGAGCCUCGAUACAUGCAGGAGGGCUUCCUCGUCCGAGAGAUCCUAGAGGUGCCAGUGACGGCGCGAGACGUGGAAAGGGAGAAUCACACCCAGCUGAAGCGCUGGAAGAAGAACCGCGGAGAGCUGAAUUUCAAAUCCCCCCCGAGGUUGCACGGCGCCCGGAUAAUCAUGUUGGCCGAGCCGCCGAGGCGCCAGGACCUGCAGCAGAACCCCACCAUCGUACUGGAGGUGCCUCAGCCCACCCCGCAGCUGAAGAAGGGGAAGGAGGAAAAGAAAAGCAUGAAGAAGAAGAAGAAGAGCAUAAAGAAAUCCCAGCCCAUUGUGGAGAUCCCUAAUCCUUACACUCUUCCCAGUGAGUCUGCUCCGCCACCCUCAGAUCCACCAGCACCGCCACCCUCAGAGCCACCAGCACCGCCACCCUCAGAGCCACCAGCACCGCCACCCUCAGAGCCACCAGCUCCACCUCCAGUCAGAAGUGAGACGCCACAGACUGAGCCACAGACUGAGCCACAGACUGAAACAGACCCCCCUCACCAGCAGCAAGCGCCUCCUACAGAUGUUGCGCCUCCUACAGAUGUUCCCCCUGCCAAAGAAACUCCUCUUCAGCGAUCUACACAAAGCCUUAGCAGCACAGAGCAGGAUACAUACCUGUAGCUUUACAGCAGUCAGCGUGUGUGGUGUGCGCGCGUGUGUGUGUGCGCGUGCGCGUGUGUGUGUGUGUGACAAAAACACCAGCACCCUUCAGCCAACGACCAGCCAGCCUUGUGAAGGUCUAUUAUUCUAAUGUUGGACUGUUUUAGUCAUUUAUUCAUUUUAGACACCAUUUUGCCUAUGGUAUACACUAAAGCAUCGUUGCUACGUGUAAAACUACUCUUAUUGCUUUCGCCAUUUCUCCACACAGCUGAUGUUACCUCCAGGGCUGCGACUAACGAUUAUUUUCAUUAUCGAUUUAAUCUGACGCUUAUUUCUAGAUGAAACGAUUCUUUGUUUGGUCUAAAAAAUGUCAGAAAAUUGUGAAAAAUGUCCAUCCUGGUUUCUCAAAGUCCGAGGUGACGUCUUUUAAAUCUUUCUUUUUUGUGAAACCCAAAGAUAUUUAGUUGAAUGUGAUAUUAAACACAGAAUAGAAAGACAUUUCCAUAUUUGAGAGGCUGAAAACUACAUUUUCUCGUAUCUUUACAUGAAAAUGCCGAAUAAUCGAUUAUCAAAAAUAGUUGCCAAUUAUUUUUCCUGUCGAUCAACUAAUCGAUUAGUCUCCUAGUUGUUGCAGCUCUAGUUGCCUCCUGUUGAUCCUCGAUGCUCUUUAUUCAGUGCAUAAGUCUUUGUUUUCUGUUUGCAAGGGAGACAUGUUACAGUUAUUGGGAGCAAAGUCAUUUCUUCACAGAGAAAUGGGACUUAAAGAACCACGAGGUGCCAAAGCUUGUGCCAGUUUUUCUAUACGUUUUCCGUUCAACACUAUUGAGUUCAAGCUUUUCAACUUCUAAAUCAUUUGUUUUCCAUUCGAGGUUUUGUUCACUAGAGGGCAGGCCUGCAGAGGUUUCAGCUGUUACAGUCCCUGUCAGUAAAGCACAUCACAGCAGGGAUUCCCUUAAAGAGUCACAAACGUUGGGAGGUAUUAUUCAGAGAUUAAGCUUCUUCUUCUUUUUCCAGUAAGAAAACUUGUGCGUUUCAUGUUUUUAGAUUCUUAAUUUUGAAUUGAAAAUCACCUUACUGAAUCCACGAGAGUCACACCACACUGUGUUUCCUGCAAGUCUUUUCCUACCAGCGCUAUUUAUUUAAGAGUUCAAACAUGAAAUGUAUCGUUUGUGCAUGCCCCUGCUCGUGCACAAGUACUCUCUUUUUUUCAGAGUCUGCUGAAUUGAUGUGGUGCACAUCGUAAUAUUCACUGUGCCGGGCACCUCCAGCCUCUUUAGAGCAUCAGUAAUUCACAGGACUUUGGCAGCAGAGAGGAGAACACUGGACAUUCUUCACUGUAAGACACAUUCCUGCCUUGUUAAAAGCUUAUCUGUCUAAAAGCUCUCUAUUGCCAAAUGCAAAUCUGUAUAAUGUAUGAAUUUGUGCAUGUGUUUCCUGUGACCUCUCGGACAGUGAAUGAGUGCAAAUCACCUAAUGGUGCCGACUUUCCUCUUGGCUUUGCAAAAAACAUAUCCGAUUGGAGCCGUUAAGAUCCUGUAGCGCGUUGGCUCCGUUUUUUCUUAUAUUUUGCUAGAAUUUCCAAAGCAGAUCAAGACUGUGUUGUCUUGAGAUGAUCUACGACUGCGACCUGUGAACAGGCUUAUUCUGUUAGUACAUGCGAGAGAGAUCAAGUGUUUUCAAGAUUUGUUUGGGAUAUUUGUAGCAUUUCUCUUUUGAAAACCUCGCUCAAAUCUUGGGGAUUUUAUUUUUUUUUCAAAAACAAAUUGGACAAUCUUUUUUUGUGACUGUCCUAGUUUCUAACUUUUAAUCACAAUGAUAAAAAGGUAAAGGGAGUUUCGACGAGCAUGAGCACACACGUGUAAGAUGUGUUUUGUGUAUAUAAUUAAUAUAAAAAAAGUAUCUGCUAAAACAAAUAUGCAUGUGUGGGGGGUCAGUUAUAAAAAGCAAUGAGGUUUGAAAGGAUUACACAUUUUCAAGCAGCCACUUGCCUGUAUGCAAUAGUCUUUUAGUUGCUUAUAUUACACAACUCCCGUUUCGCUGAUGUUAUAUUUUAAUUUAAUGCUCAUUGUGUAGAUACGACAUGUAAAAUAACAAUUCUUUUUUUGUAAUGAAAUCUAUUUUUCAAUGUAUAAUGCUAUAUUUUAUUGAGCAGUUCCAAAAGCUGCAGAGGGGACAUCUCCAAAAUCAUUUGAAGUGUAAGACAAUUUAAUCUUUAAACAUUUGUAACACUAGAAAAAAUAUUAUAACUUUAGCAACUGAAAAUGUUUUUGUUGCUCUGAAGAGGAUUGGUAUCAUUUUACCAUUCACGUUAGGGUUAUAAGAGAUGUUUGACAAACCAGGGGACGGUAUGCAUCAUCCCAAGUUUAAACUUUACAAAUAAAUGUUUGUUCAAAGCCGAUGUAAAA